UACUGGGCAACAGUUGGAAAUAUUAAACCAAGAGAAUUAAAACAAAAAUCUGCUGAGCACUCGUCUAAGUCGGCAAAACAAUAAAUAAGAAAAUUAUUCUAAAAAGUUAACGAUCAGGGAAAAUGUCUACAUUAUCAACACUAAUGGGUUUGAUCAACGACAUGGACCGUCUCACAACGACUUUUUCACCAUAUUACCACUGGCCCAUGCGCCGACAACUAAGCUUAGGCAAACCAGAAAAGGCAAUAUCACCGUUGGUGGGUAAAGAUGGUUUCCAGGUGUCAAUGGACGUGGCACAUUUUAAACCAAGUGAAUUGGUCGUUAAAGUGGUCGACAACACCGUCGUUGUGGAGGGCAAACAUGAAGAACGGGAGGAUGAACAUGGUUAUAUCUCUCGUCACUUUGUUCGCCGCUACACUCUUCCUAAAGAAUUUGAUCCCAGCAAAGUAAUGUCUUCGCUUUCUUCAGAUGGUGUACUAACUGUUGUUGCUCCUAAGCCAAUGCUAGAAGACAAGUCCAAUGAGCGUGUCAUACAAAUACAACAGACUGGUCCUGCACAUUUGAAUGUAAAGGAGAACCCCGAAGAAGAAAAGAAGAACCCUGAAGCAGAGAAGAUGAAGAAUGGCAAAGAAGAGAAGAAGAAUACCAAAGAAGAGAAGAAGAACCAAAAAUAAGAGAGGAGUAUUAGUGAUCUUUAUUUCUCAAUAAUAUAAAACAUUUCGAGCUGGACUGAAAUUUGGUUAAUAUUUUGGCCAUUAAUACGCUUAGUUUUUUAUUUAUAUAUGUGUGUAUACUGCUUAUAAUUGUAGGUACUGGUACUGAAUUAAAAAUGUAAUUUAUUAAUAAAAUAAUAAGAGUAA